AUGGGAGUAUCGUUCCGGUACGUCCACCGGUGGUCCUCCCCGCUGACAUGGCCGGUCCGCGCUGUCCCACAGGACGGGGAUACCGUCACCAUCGGUCCCGGGCAGUCCGUCUUGUUAGACACCAACACAACCGUACUAAAACUACUGCAUAUAGACGGUGGAGAGCUAAUAUUUGAGCAGAAGGAUCUUAAGCUACAUGCGGAGGCAGUCCUGAUCACAGAGGGAGGGAUUUUGCGGAUUGGCACGGCGGAAGAGCCUUUUCUGCACAGGGCACACAUCGUUCUGCACGGAAACGCCAGCACAGAAGGUCUUCCUCUGUACGGAGCCAAGACUGUGAUAGUUCGGGAAGGAACUAUUGAGAUGUAUGGGAUGCCAAUCAGUCCUAGCUGGACCCAUCUGAACGAGACGGCUGUCCCGGGAGACACCAGCGUGACCCUGCGGGAACCGGUGAACUGGGCUCCGGGCGGUACGGUCGUAGUCGCCGCCACCGCAGACUGGAACGCCGGGGAUCAACACGAAGAAGUUACCGUAACCGAAGUUUCCCCUGACGGUCUGACCCUGUACUUCACACCCCCUCUCCGGUACACACACACGGCGGAGGAAGGGGAGCUGGCGGGAUGGACCUUCGGGCUCAGGGCGGUGGUCUUCCCGAUCAACAGGAACACCGUGUUCCGGGGACAUGUCGAGGACGAGUGGCGAGAACAGCAGGACGUGUGCGACGUAGUGGAAGAUUCGCAGCAUGUUGGUAACAACACGUGCUUCCAAGAGAGACACGGGCGGACCUUGGGACGGGGACAAUAUGGCGCACAGCUUAUACUUCAUCCGGAGAAUCCAUCAUCGUCACACGUCCACAUUCAUGUACAGGACGUUGAAUUUACAAACGUCGGAAAGGGUUACAACUUAGGUAAACAUCCAAUCACGUUUCGGAUGUGCGGUGACGUCAGCGAGUCGUUUAUAAGGAGCUCCGUGAUUCGUCAAAGUUUUAACCGCGGCCUGGCGUUAAAAGGUACCGACAACUUGUCAGUGAAGGACAACGUUCUGUAUGACGUCAACGGUCACGGGUUCUUCACUCAAGAUGGGGACGAAGAAAAUAACAUAUUUGAGAACAACUUAGCUGUUAUGAUCAAACAGUCUGUUAGUCUUCAAGCGGACGAUUUGAUGCCGUCAGGUUUUCUACUUCGGCAUCCUGGAAACCUGUUGGAAGGAAAUUUGGUGGUCGGGUCUGAGUACGGCGGGUUUUGGUACAACCUGCCGGCACGUACCGGGGGAACGGCCCGCACCAGCCAUGUCUGUCCUCGCAAGGUCCCCCUGGCGACUUUCCAGGGAAACGCUGCGUACUCUUGCUACGGGUAA